AUGUUUACUUCCUUUAACUGUACUGUGUUCGACAUUCCGUUGACAUGGGAUCGGCAUCGUUUUGAAGCAUCACGUAAUAAAUGCCGACAAGCUCGAAAAUUGAUCGAUGCUAGUGUUAAUGCGCAAUUCAAUAAACAACUUCGAGAUGUUUUCUACGGAAAACUCGAUAUCGAAAAAAAUAUUCUGGAAAGUCAACAACGUCUGGCCAACCAAGAGAAAAAAGUUCGUGCGCUCGAUAAUCUAACUGAAGUAGCUGCACAAUCAUUGACUGAUUACUUCGAUAAGCGAAUGGAAACUGUCCGUGCAGCAAUACAAGAACAUUGUAAUGCUAUUCAGGAAAUUCUUCGAGAAGAAAAUGAUCAUUGGCAAGAAAUUCACUCUGCUAUCGAUCAGAAUUUGAUUACUUUGGAUGAUUUUCAUCCACCGAAGAAUACUGAUCAAGAAACUCCAUUAGCGAAUAUUCAUACAAUCGAUGAAGUCGAUGAAGAAGAACAUACUUCGAAAUUAUUGAAUGAUAAAACGGUGACACCACUUUUAACUCAAAUGAUUCGAAAAUCCCGAUUGUUAUCGAAUCGUUCUUCGAUAAGACGAUCGAAUCUUCCUCCAUCAACAGAAAAUUUGAUUCAAAGCAAAGAGGAACGAUUUAGUGUUAUGCUUCCUUUAAAUUCCGCACGCCGAACACUUCCUGUCGUCGAUACAACAUUUGUUGUGAAACUUGAAGAUUCAAAAUCAACUGAAUCAAAUCAAUCACACCAAGUUGAAAUGGAACAACCUGAACCUUUACCUGUGACGACCAUUAUUCCUAUUGAAUCUGUAGCAAUGACAACGGUCACGCCAAUCGAAUCGAUAUCUACUGCUGAAGUGGAAGCAUCGCCAAGUUAUUCUCAGCCGAAACCACCAGCACGGUUGUACUUUUCACCAACACUUCUCUUAGAUGAUGGCGACUCAGAACCUGUACAGCCUGUUCUUUCGACUAUUGAUCAAAAUCAAUCAAUUAAUAUUAAACCAAAAAUUGCAGCGCGUCGAUUCGGUCAAACAUUUUUACUUGACAAUGUCAAAACCGAAGAAAUCGAUAAGAGUCAAGAUACAGAAAACAUUCGACCCAAUAUUUCAGACGAAAUACCAUUUCUUAUUCAUUCAGAUCCGACAUUGUUACCGGAGAAGCAAACUUUAAAUGAGUCCAAUCAUCCUCAAUUGGAGAUUGCUGACAUUCAGAAAUCCAUUAUUUACACGAAACGACGAACACAUGCUGUUGCUGAACCAAAAGCUAAUCCAGAACCUGUUCAUAUGACACGGCGUACAGCACGAAAACCAAAGCCAACAGUGGAAACUGAAUCAAUUAAACGUCCAGCUCGAAAGCGUAAACAAUCGGUAGCGGAUCUCGAUGAUGGAAACACGAAUACCGUUGCUUUACCAAAGAAGAAAGCUAGUCGAGCUAAAACAAAAAGUACCACAAGAAAACCAAGAGCAAAAAAGGAGAAAGAAAUACCGAUUCGUGAACCAUCACCAUUACCAAUUAUCGAUCGAUCAAAACAUUAUUCAACACGUUUUUCUACACGCUCGCAUCGAUUGAAUAAUCGAACUUUAUCGACAAUAGCUACGUUAAGCGAAGAUGAAAUUCAAAGCAAACCAAAACGAUCUCGUACCAAAUCGACAAAACAUGAUGCUGAGCCAGUCGUUAAGAAACCUCGUGCGAAAAAAGCUAAGGAUGAAACGAAAACUCGCGCUAAAUCAAUGAUUACUACACGGAAUCGGAAGAAAUAG